AUGAAAUAAAAAUAAGUUGAUCCAGAAGAGUUAGUUAAAUAAGUUCUUAGUAAUGUACCAGAAUCGUUUGAAGAAUUAAAAGAGAAUUUAGAUUGGUAACUAGGGAUAGAUGAAGCUGGUAGAGGUCCAGUUCUUGGGCCUAUGUUAUAUGCUUCAUGUUAUUGGCCUAUGAAAUAUCAUAAAUUGAUUUCAUAAACAUGUGAAUUUGUAGACUCUAAGUAAAUUAAUGAAGCAGCUCGUGAAAGACUAUUCGAUGUUUUAUGUUAAUUAAAGGGUAAAGUUUUAACAUUUGAAACACGAGAAUUAAGCGCGGAAUAUUUAUCAAAAAAUUAAUAAGCUUAUUUAAUUACAAAUUUAAAUGAUAUAUCUCAUAAUACUGCAGCAGAGCUUAUUUAAAGUGCAAUCAAAAAAGGUUUUAGGAUAAAAGGUAUUUUUUCUGAUAUAUGUUAGAAAUUUAUGUGGACACAGUUGGACCUAAACAAACUUAUAAAGCUUUUUUAUAAGAAAAGCUUUAAAGUUUAGGUAAAGCCGCUGAAAUUGUGGUGGAAGAGAAGGCAGAUUCUAAAUAUGCUAAUGUUAGUGCAGCUUCAAUUUGCGCCAAAGUUACAAGAGAUUAGAGAAUAAUAUAAAUAUCACAAGAACUUUUGCCUAAUGAUUCUAUUGGAUCAGGUUAUCCAGGAGAUCCAAAAACCAAAAAAUAUUUGGAAAAUACUAAUAUACCUUUUUUUGUUUAUCCAAAAUAUAUUAGAUUUUCUUGGCAAACCAUUAAAACGAUAAUAACAAAAAGGGAUUUAUGCAUUGAAUUUAAAGAUGAAUAAGAAUCAGCAAAACAAGUUAAAAAUUUAGAUAACUAUUUUAAAAAAAAUAACACAAAUAAUGCAUUCAGUUAUGAUUAUAGAACUUUAACAAUUACUAACUGCAUUCUGUGA